AUGGCACCGAUCGCAUCUGCUCUCAUGGGUGCCGCCAAGCGUCAAGAGGGAAACCUUGGCCUUACUCAAGAUCAGGUCCAGAUGAUUGUCGCCUUUGAACGCGCUGGUGCUUGCAUUUCCAUCGUUGGAGUCCUCUUGAUUUUCCUCGCAUUUACUAUUUUCAAGCGCCUCCGUACGGUUCCUAAUCAUUUCAUUGUCUUCGCUUCAUUCGCAAACUUGGGUGCAAGUUUGGCUUGCUUGAUCGGCUACAAUGGCAUCUUGGCUGGUAACAACAGUGCUCUUUGCCAGGCACAGGCCUUCAUGUUCGAGCUGUUUAUGCAAUCAGAUCCGUGGUGGUCUUUGGCCAUGGCUGUCAAUGUCUACUCGGUUUUCUUCUUCGCUGCCAACCCUAAGAGUUUUCUCAGAUUCUGGUGGGGUUACUUCAUUGUCUGCUAUGGCAUUCCUCUCAUUCCAUCAUUGGUUCUGCUGCUAGUCGAGGGCAAAGCUUCAGCUCGAAUGUAUGGUAAUGCUACUAUCUGGUGCUGGAUCGACCAGCACUGGAGUAGUCUCCGCAUCUGGACAUAUUACUUACCCAUCUGGGUCUGUAUCCUCUUGUCUUCUUCAAUCUACAUUGCCGUUGGCGUCUAUGUAUUCAAGAAGCGCAACCAGCUUCGAAACUUGUCUCUUAGCGAUCCGAGCAAGGAACGGUCUGGCCGCCGCGAUUCGGCAGAAAAGCGAUUGAAUGCGAAUGCAGCAGUCAUGGGUAGUAUCUCGGCUGAAACGACGCAUACAACAACUGUUCAUGUCGCAUCUCCCCGUUCCGCCACACACAGAGCCACCAUCAACUGGUUUGCAGGACCUCCCACGGACUCGUCAUCAAGGGAUGGAAACGAUGCUGAGCAGGCGCAGCCAACGUAUCACACUAUGACUGAGAUUACGGCCCAGCCAACGCCCAAGAUAGCUUGGCAUUUGCGCGUCGCUGGUGCUUACAGAGGAUGGUGCGGCAAAUUCGCCCACAUGGAUCCGGUCAAGCUCGCCUACCUUCGAACAUCCUUCAUCUUCGCCAUCUCCGUUCUUGUUACCUGGACACCUAGUUCCAUCAACCGAGUCCAUGACCUCGUCACAAGGAGUUCCGCUAGUUUCGGACUCAACUUGGCCAGCGGCAUCGUUCUUCCACUACAGGGCGUCUGGAAUGCAGUCAUCUUCUUUUCUACAAGCUGGAAACCGCUCAAGGAAGAGUGCCGGUUCUUGCUGAAUCGUCUUCGCGGGCUGCCUCGCGGACUGCAAGAAGCUGCGGCAGUGCGCAAUGAGAGGGAGCGCGGAUUAGAAUUGGAAAGCAGACGCCAUCGCAAGGACAGAGACGACACAGCAAGUGAGGUUACUGGCAGCACUAUGAGAGUCAUGCGCGAUGGGUCAAUGGCCAGUCUAUAG